CGAGCAAACCAUUUGUCGAUAACACGUGGAGUUAGUAAGGCUUGUUGUAAAAGAAAGUGCUAUCUUGUCUUACUUUUUGUAUUUUAGUACGGCUACGAAUCUAGUCUUCAUUCUGUAUAUAUACACAUUCUUUAGGAACAAUCAACAUGUCGUGGUUAUUUGGGCUAAGAAAGGAACAACCUCCAGAAUUCCCUCAGUUUCCCAGUGAUACUACAGGAAUGUCCUCUGGGAGUGGGAGUGAGGGAGGAGGUGAUCAAGGUGGUGGAGGAGAUGACAAAACUAAGGGAGGAAAAAUGGAAGCUUACAGAUUUGACUCAACAGCAUUAGAAAGAGCAGCCAAAGCAGCAAAAGAUCUCGAAAGAUCAAAGUUUUCCAAAGACGCAUUAGAUCUUUCCAAAAUGCAGGAACAUACAAUUCAACUGGAGCAUCAAAAACUAAUCAAGGAAUAUGAACUUCAAAUUGAACAAACUAAGAUGGAUCAAGCCCGAAUUCAGCAGGAAGAGAGACGUAAAACUAUGGCCGAAGAAACAAAACAACAUCAGCAGAGAGCUCAGUACCAAGAUCAGUUAGCACGAAAGCGUUACGAUGAUCAGCUUCUUCAGCAGCAAAGAGCAAAUGAAGAAAAUCUUAGAAGACAAGAAGAGUCUGUAGCAAAACAAGAAGCAUUAAGAAAAGCUACCUUGGAACAUGAGAUGGAGCUGAGGAAAAAGAAUGAGAUGGCAAGAGUUGAAGCUGAGAUGAAAGCAAAAGCUAAAGUUGAUAGAGAAAAUCAAGAUCUAUACUUAGAACAGAUAAAGCUGAAAGCUGCUGAGAAUAGAACAACAGUUUUGGAAUCCAUUAAGACUGCUGGGUCAGUGCUUGGAGCUGGUUUUCAGAGUUUCGUCACAGACUGGGACAGAGUUUCUGCUACGGCUGCAGGGCUUACAUUAUUAGCCAUUGGUGUGUACUCCGCAAAGAUGGGAACAGGUGUUGCAGCACGAUACAUUGAAGCACGCCUUGGAAAACCAUCUCUUGUCAGAGAAACUUCUCGUAUUGCUGCUUUUGAAGCUGUUAAGCACCCAAUCAAAACUUCUCGAAGGUUAUUCAGUAAAGCAACUGAUGCACUGCAAGGAGUUGUUUUAAAGCCUUCCUUAGAAGAGAGGCUAAGAGACAUAGCUAUUGCCACUCGCAACACACAAAAAAAUAAAGGAAUGUAUCGGAAUGUUCUAAUGUACGGACCUCCAGGCACUGGCAAAACUUUGUUUGCUAAGCGAUUAGCCCAACAUUCUGGUAUGGACUAUGCUAUUAUGAGUGGAGGUGAUGUUGCGCCCAUGGGACGAGAAGGAGUUAGUGCUGUUCACAAGGUCUUUGAUUGGGCAGGAAGCACUAGACGAGGGUUGCUGUUGUUUGUUGAUGAAGCAGAUGCAUUUCUACGAAAGAGAAGUUCAGAAAUGAUAAGUGAGGACUUACGAGCAACAUUAAAUGCAUUUCUGUAUAGGACUGGUGAGCAGUCAAAUAAGUUCAUGUUGGUAUUAGCUAGCAACACUCCAGAACAAUUUGAUUGGGCCAUCAAUGACCGCUUAGAUGAAAUGGUUGAGUUUGAACUUCCUGAACUCUCUGAAAGGGAGAGAAUGGUUAGGUUAUAUUUUGACAAAUUUGUACUACAGCCAGCAACAGAAGGCAAGAGGCGCUUGAAGGUUGCUCAGUUUGACUACAGUAAGUUGUGUAGUGACAUUGCAAAAGUCACAGAAGGAUUAUCUGGUCGAGAAAUUGCUAAAUUAGGGGUAGCUUGGCAGGCUGCUGCCUAUGCUUCAGAAGAUGGCGUUUUGACAGAGAAAAUGAUCAUGGAAAGGGUGUGGGAUUCGGUUGAACAACAUAAGCAGAAAGUCCAGUGGCAAACAGCAGAGGAGCUGAAAAAGAUUAAAACAAAAAUGUCUAUAAAGGACAUGGCAGCAUCAGUGGUCACAGAGAAAAAACAAAUAGCCACUGAGUCAUCCUCCUUCUCUUCAAAUAACACAAACCAGUCACCACCAAUAAGUUAAGAACUGUUGUAACUGUAGUAGCUAUAUUUGUUUACCUUUCGACAGCUUUUACUCUCCUGUCACUAUGUGCACAGUGGUCUCGAAGAGCCAGUGGUGGCGUAGCGGGCCCAUGGAUGUUAGUUUUAAGAUAUUAGGUAAAUCGUUGUAUGAUAAAACUCAUAGAUUUAAUUCUGUUCUGAAUGAGCACCACCUCAGACACUUGUAGAAAUUAAGACCGUCAAUGAAAGAAAAACAAAACAAGUGGGGAAGGGUCACUCAAAUUAUAUUUGACAAAAUAAACUAAAAAAAAAAGCAACAUAAGCUACUUUUACAAGUAGUGCAAUUUUAUUUUGUCUGUGGGAGCAAUAAGAGAUAUAUGUAGGUAAUAUACUAUGAGUAAUAAAAUAACUCAAUGUAUCUAUCUACUAAUUUUACAGGUGCUUCUUACAUUUUUUAAAUGAAAAUCUCCAUUACACUGCUCAGGAAAGCUUGUAUCUCAGUGGUUUCUUAGCCUACACAAUAAUGAGAAUGCUCUGGGGCAUAUGUUACUGAAAAGUUCUACAUUAAUAUAACACUAAAAAAGGGAAACACUAUUAAAUGUAUUUGAUUUAAAGACCACUGAUGUAACUUGUUCAAGAAAUGUGUGUUUAGUGAAAUGAAAAACAAAUAAUUGAGAGUUCAUGUACUGUUAUUUUUAUAAAAUUAAUUUGUCAGUAGUGUAGAGCUUUAGUAUGAUUAGGUCUAUGAGCUGCAGUAGGUGCAAAAUAUUUUUUGUCUCAUUAGAUCAUUGUGAAACAGUUUUGUAAUAAAAUUUAGUUAAUUGCAUUUGGUAAUCAGAAAAUUGAAAUUUUUCAAAGCAAGUGUUAAUCUACAUCUUCAAUUCGCUAAUUGUGUGAGUUCUGAGAGAAAACUAAAUGUGUUGUAAAAUGGUUAUUACAUGUUAAUACAAGGUCUUGUUUUGUAACCCCUUAUCUAAUAUCAUAUUAGUCGAAGUAAGGAAAACUUGUAUUGAAACUUCUACUUACUAUUUACAUCAUAUUGAUCAUAAAAACUUUCUUAUAGAAAUUAUUAAAAAAGAAAAAUUUUACGACAACUAAUUGAGUGUAAUAAUCAACAGAUACCAUAUUUCAAAGAAUUUGUAUUAUUAAAUUAACAGGAGUUAAAAAAAGGUUUUUAAGCUGCAAAAAUAAGGUUUUUUAACUGUACAUUUGCUAACGUAUUUAGUAUAAUUAAUGAAAGUAUUAGAAUUCAAUGUUACAUUACAAAAAUUUUACUCAGCCUGCAACAUCUGGGUUAACAGAGAGAGAGAGAGAGAAAGAAAAAAUAUAUACACACAGACACACAAAAAGAGAGAUAAUCACAAAUAUUUUCGUCCUAAAAUCAGUCUUUCAUAACAUGUACCUUGACUUGUAAAUUUAGUAAAUAAAGCCAAAGGAAAUGUUGAAAUUAAAAAAAAAACACUGCUUGACUCAUUGUAGCACAUAUUUGUGAAGUAAUGAAGUAAAACUAACUAAAUUUUGGAAACUUGUAGAAUCAUGUUAAAAUUGUCAGACUUUUUGCAAAAAAAUAAAUAAUUAAAUUUAUACAAUACUCAAAUAUUCAAGUAUCCACUUUAAAAGAGAGGGCAAAAAAUCUGGGAAACUUGAAAGUUUAACUUUAAAGUGGUAUAUAGUAAUGACUUCAGCAUUCCGAAGAAUAACUGGACUGUCCUCUAGGUGAUGAUGUAAAAUUUCAGCCAUUUCAAGUACAUUGUGAUUUUGAAACUUCAAAAUUUUCAUGGAUAGAUAAAUACAACAAAGUUUAUACUGUUUUACACCUGUGUGUUCAUAAAUUCGAUAGAGCAUUUGAUCUAUAGUAUAAAAUGUGCACUAAAAGACAGACCAGACAAAAAAAAAAAAUGCUCCUUUUACAAUACGUAACUACCAUGCAGAGUUAUAUCCCUUACGUCACGUAACUACCAUGCAAAAUUCUAUCCCCUACAUCAUGUAACUAUCAUGCAGAAUUCUAUCCCCUACAUAACAUAACUAUCAUGCACAGCUCUAUCCCCUACAUCAUGUAACUAUCAUGCAGAAUUCUAUCCCCUACAUAACAUAACUAUCAUGCACAGCUCUAUCCCCUACAUCAUAUAACUAUCAUGCACAGCUCUAUCCCCCACAUCACAUAACUAUCAUGCACAGCUCUAUCCCCCACAUCACAUAACUAUCAUG